UAUUUUACGUUCGGAAAUAUAUACGAACAGAAUCGCUGUUUGACAUUAAUAAUCAUAUUAAAUGUGUAUUAAUGUAAAAUGUGCAUAGAUAUAAUAUUACCUAAUGACGACUGCUAACUACUGUACUGUUCUGACGCAAAUAGAGAUUCUGCAAGAGUAUGAAGGAAACAUAAAAUACUCGUAUGCAAAUAGUAAUGCAACACGUGUGCUUUUCUCAAACAAGUCCACUCCAGUAGGUAGGUGUUCCACCGGCCACUUGGACCAAGACACAGCCAGUCCUUUUGGCCGCACACCAGGUAGGUGUUCCACCGGCCACUUGGACCAAGACACAUCCAGUCCUUUUGGCCGCACACCAGGUAGGUGUUCCACCGGCCACUUGGACCAAGACACAGCCAGUCCUUUUGGCCGCACACCAGGUAGGUGUUCCACCGGCCACUUGGACCAAGACACAGCCAGUCCUUUUGGCCGCACACCAGGCAGGUGUUCCACCGGCCACUUGGACCAAGACACAUCCAGUCCUUUUGGCCGCACACCAGGUAGGUGUUCCACCGGUCACUUGGACCAAGACACAGCCAGUCCUUUUGGCCACACACCAGGUAGGUGUUCCACCGGCCACUUGGACCAAGACACAUUCAGUCCUUUUGGCCGCACACCAGGUAGGUGUUCCACCGGUCAAUUGGACCAUGUACAUCCAGUCCUUUGGGCCACACACCAGGUAGGUGUUCCACCGGCCACCUGGACCAAGACACAUCCCGUGUUUUGGGCCACACACAGUCCAAAUCGAUUCAGCCACGUGUAGUUGGCUUGGUCUUAAAUAGCAACUCUUUGAAGGAGAGUACAGAUGUAGGUAUGACCUGGGAUACUAAA